AAUGAACGACCACAAUAAGAUACUUUUCAUCCAUGAUAUUUCUUUCGCAAAUUGAAAAAAUAAGAUUCACGCAUAUACGCUUUUUUGUGUGAAUAAUUGAAACAAAAACAAUUAUUCAGUGUAUCUUAAUUACAAUGUUGGAUGGCUGUGUUAAACUAAAAUAUUACCCAUGCGUGAAUUUAACCAGCAACCAAAGGUGUUACGCAAUCAGCCAUGAGUGAGUCAGCGACCGUGUGAGUGGGUUGGUGAACCACCCAGCCAGCGUGCGAGUAACCCCGUCAGCCUGUGAGCGGGGCCGCCAGCCAGCCUGGCUGCCUGGCAAGUCGGUCAGCGGGCACCCGACGAUGUGCGGAGGGGAGGAUGACCACCUCAUGCUUCCUCUGCAGGAGCCCUUCAAACCCCCCAAAGUGAGGCUGGACUCGUGCAGUGCCAAGGUGUACUCCGUCCCCAAGGAGGAGCUGAACAAGAUUACCGAGGAAGUUCCUCCUCUUUUCCAGGCAAUUCAGGGACACGUCGACGGCUUGGUAGAGUUACUGGACUUACUUCGACAGAAUCCUGAGUCUGUGCAUCUCCGGCAUGACCAAGACACGCCCCUCCACGCCGCCUGCCACGCUCACAACCUCCCCGCUCUUACGGAAUUGCUUGUUAGAGGAGCGCAGGUAGAAGUACUUGAUGGCCAAGGAAACACCGCCCUCCACGUGGCCGUGCGCGAGGGCUGGCACGAGGGGUUGGAGGAACUGCUCCGGCGAGGGGCGUCACCGAACACGAAGAGCCAGCCCCCGCCGGCGUGUAAACAGUAUCCUGUGGAGACGCCUUUCCAUGCUGCUGUGAGGCGGGGGGACAACGUGUCCACUUCACUCAUCUUGCAGUAUCGGCCGGACUUUUGUCUUAAGGAUAAUGAGCAUUGUUCAGUCUUGCACCUCGCCGUUCAGACACACAAUAUUACAUUGCUUAGGCGCUUGUUACAGGAAAAAAGCUGUUCAGAUACAUUUGCAGCUGUGGACGUCAGGGGCAACACUGUGUUGCACACAGCCUUGUCACGCAAGUGUAGUGAAGACGAAAUUCACAUUCUUGAAAUUAUUAAGGAUUUGGUCAGUUUAGGCCUUAACUUGAAUGUGAGCAACCAGAUGGGUGAGACACCUUUGUUCCUAGCUUUGCGUAUGCGACUAACCCGUGUCGCGAAAUGGUUGCUGUCUAGAGGUUCAGAUCCCCUGAGCAUCAAUUACCAAGAACAGACUGUUCUGCAUGUCGCUUGUGAAGCAGGAAGUGCUUUGUCCCUAAAGCAUCUUCUCAGUGUAUAUGGUCUCAACAAUCUCUUGUUUGCAGCGGACAAAGAAGGUCACGAGCCUUUCCACAUGGCAGUGUUCAGUGGCUCUCUGGAAUGCUGCGAAAUAUUGCUUGAUAACGGAGAUCACCUGACGAUCCGCGACAGAGAAGGAAGAUCGAGGUUCUCGUAUGUCAUUGAGUAUCUCCCUAUGGCUUCUAGACUCCUCACCAGAGUCUUCGAUUCCAGGACACGCCUUGUGAAUGAGCCAGCAGACAAUCCGGAAUUUAACGUGACCUUAGACUACUCUGUACUGAUGUCGAAGCAUGACCAGGAAUGGUGCAUUGUGCCAGAACUUGCUAAGAGUAGUCUUCAUGCUCUCUUACUUCAUCCUCUCGUCGAAAGCUUUUUGUACUUUAAGUUGUGGAUUCUUAACUACCUCAGGUUUUUCAACUGGUGCUUCGUUUUCUUGUAUAUGGUUAUCCACACUGCUUUUAUGGUUGUUGUCUUCAAUGAACCCCUGAUAUUCGAAUACUACCAUGAGCUGUUGGAUAAGUUCUAUGCUCUUCACAUCUUGCUCUUUGUAAUGACGACGACCCCUGCUUUGUUUAAGUUCUUCAUCAAUCCUAUAAAGUAUAUACAGAGGAUUGAAGUGGUUUUCGAAAUAAUUACAUUAGGGGGAAUCCUAUGUGCCUUUUUGGCACAACAUCGAGCAUCGGAACACCAGCUUCAAAUAAGAGAAAAAACAGGCAACAAUGUUGCUGAUGAUGAUGAAACUAGGUCUCUUUCCGUCAACCGCUUUGUAGGAGCGACAUCAACAUUUUUCGGAUGGCUUUUGCUGCUAAGCCUUACAGGGAAAACCUAUUAUUUUGGCAUUUAUUAUUAUAUUUUUUAUCGCAUUUUGCAGAAAGCUUUCGCUAUAUUAAUUUCGCUUUUGUGUUUAUUUGUUGGAAUUGUAGGAAGUUUCUAUAUACUGCUACCGGAGCCAGUAUAUCCAACCACAAUAUCAUCAGCUCCACACGCAGAGGAACACGCAGUUCAGAGCAGAAUAAGACUGACUUUGGUGCUGUUGAUUAUCAUGAUUUUGGCUUUUCUUUUCGGUAUAUUAGGAAUUUUGCUUUUGAGUCUCGUGGGCAAGGAGUUUGCAGAAUUUCAUCGUCUUGGUGAUCUCAAACUGUUGAUCGGACGAGCGUCGGACGUCGAGGAUUACCAGCGCGUUCUAAAAAUCUUCCGCAGUUGCCAUUGUUCCCAACACUUCUUCUGCGCACUUUUGAAGAGGGUUUGCAGCGUUUCUGAGAUUCUUUCAGUUUUCCCAAAUGCUAAACCUAAAUCGUAUAUUUUUAAACGGUUCAUUGCUUCGCGUUCAUACAAGAAAAUCUUGGAAUUCAGCAACUGUGUAACAACUGGCGCUAAGUUUACGAUCAACAAAAGCUGUUGAGCAAGGCGACAGCACCGAGAGAUGGAGCAGGAAUUUUGACAGCGAUUACUCUCGCGUAAAUGCCCGACUGCUGUCCAUCCAUAAACAGUUCGAAUUUGUCUCGGCACAGCUUCAAUUCCUUAGUCAGAGCACGGAAAGCAAGUACAGGCUUCUGAACCAACAGUUAUCUCUAUUAAGGACCGAGGUUCGGGAACCCCAAGGAGAGGGCGAAGGAGAGGAGGACGAAACCUUCGUGAAGAGAGAAACCUUGCAGUUGGUAACCGCCGAGCGUAAUUUCAAACGAAGCGACUUCCCACUUAUCAGAGAUCCGUACCAAUUUACUGGCGAAUCUUUAACCUCCUUUAUUGAUGAAACUUCCAACAGCACAACAAUACGAGGGAGGAGAAGCUUCGGCGGAACUUUACCUGCAGUAAUUAAAGACUUUCAGGAUUCUCAGAUGAGCUUCUAUUGUUAACUACAAGUUGAUAUCUAAAUUCCAGGAGCAAAGGCAAGGGAUGAUGGGCUCAGGUGGUUGACACAUUUUUGGUGUUCCUGUUAGUUAUUGUUUCCUUUUGUUGCCGUAAUGUUAGUUUGUCAGCCAGGCAGGCACGAAACAGCAAACAGAUGUGAGAAUGUGACUGCAAAUGUGAAACUGAUUUCCUUCUUCAGAUACAGUAUGUAUGUUAUUUGUUUUCGCCUUGGUUCUAAAUUUUGCUGUAUAGCUUGAACUUUUUUUAAGUCAUUUUAAAGCAUUUUAUAACUUAACAUUUUAUUAAAAUAAAACGAGUUUGAUAUAAUUUUCAAAUUUCAUUUUCUCACGGGAACAAGUAACAUUAAAAUGUACAAACUGACAGUUAACAUAAAUACAAUGAAAAGGUAGAGAACCUUCAAAAUUAUCAGACUUUAGUAAAAACUAAUUAGGUCUAAGUUAGAACUAAGAUUUCAUAUUCGAUAAUCAAGUGCAAGGAGAACACCAGCCCUCAUAGCAA